AUGUCGGAGGCGUCAUUCUUGGUCUUGGACGAGGAGUCUUCGCCAAAAGACACCACAGUGCCACAUAGCCAUCGUACAUUGGACGCAUUGCGCCAAGCCUCAGCAGUUGAGCUACACCGUAGCUCAAGCGGACGAAAUUUGCGGCUUAAACACAUCUCGUUGGCUGAUGGAGCUCUACUAUCAGCACCGAAUGCAUUGACACCGCGAGCACCAUCUGCUAGGAGACCUGGAAGCAGAGAACGUCCUUGUAGUGCUAAUUGUAACCAGAGCAGAGCGAUCAGUAACAAUGAAAAUAUCUUUGAACGAAGCAGUAGCUUUUCCAUCGCUGCUCAUGUGUUAAAAGACCUCGAGAAAUCACGAUCGUCGACAGCAUCGGACGCGUCGAUAGAAAUUAAUGAACAACCUGAGCGAUGUGCUGACCACCAAGACCAGCGAGACGAUAGCAGUGACGAAAGCGAUGAGGUUUGUUGGGAUUCGUGUGAAGACCUUUCACAAAGCAAAUCCGAUCGUUUCAGUCAUCUUGAUUUUGCAGUACAAGAAGAAGUAAUUCAGGUUGAGGACAAGGCAGUCUCAAGUUUCGGCUUGUGGAAUAAAGCAGUCAAAAAUAAAAGUUUGCCCGACGCAAUAAUUUUCUCACAAUCUUCUUUGGAAGAUCCCAAUGUGAAUGUCAAAUGUUUGGAUAGUACUUCGUCAUCUAAUCGAAUCGAGAGUUUAAAGGCAGACGAAAAUCCUUCUAUCCUCAUGCCUAGUGAGAUGGUGUCACAAUUGCAUUUGAGUCAUCCGCAUCUUGCAGCGCUAUCGGUGCUUGACAUACCAAAAUCAAUGUCACUUACGCGGUCGACAUCACCACGCAUCGGACGCUCCAGUUUCUCAUCAUUACCAGAAAAUCUUUUUCGACGUGACGCCUCAUCAUCGACAACCAAUCAAGAAAUAAUCACAAGCUCUGAAAUAAAUCCGACAGUCCAAGUUAGUAAUCCCAUCAUACAAUGGAAACGUGGUGAGCUUAUUGGUGAAGGAACGUUUGGAAAGGUUUACAAAGGUCUGAACAUCGUUACGGGCGAACUCUUCGCACUUAAAGAAAUUGAAAUUCGUUGUAGCCCAAAUAUCGACCAAGUCACGCAGAUGCAAAAGCUUGGUGAGGAGAUUUCGCUCAUGAAUAAUCUUAAUCAUAAGCACAUCGUUCGCUACAAGGGAAGUCAUCAAACUAAAAAUUACUUUUACAUCUUUAUGGAGUAUGUCCCCGGGGGCUCAAUCGCCAGUAUGCUAAAGCAAUUUGACGCCUUCAGUGAAGAUUUGAUUCGAUUAUUUACCCGUCAAAUUGUGCAAGGCGUUGCCUAUUUGCAUAAAAUGGGUGUCAUUCAUCGAGAUAUCAAAGGUCUGCACGAUUGUCUGAAAGUAGUUGGCAUAAAUUAUAUCUCAAGUCUACCCUUUCGUUCAAAACCAGGUGCGAAUGUUUUGGUGAAUGAACAAGGCGUGUCAAAACUCGCGGAUUUUGGCUGCUCAAAGCAGAUCCCACAGAUACUUACCACGAGUUUAGAAGAAUCUUUGCGAUCAAUCCGAGGAUCAAUUCCAUGGAUGGCCCCGGAAAUUGUCAAACAAACUGGUCAUGGAUACAAAGCAGAUAUUUGGAGCAUUGGUGCUACGGUUAUUGAGAUGGCAACUGCCAAGCAUCCAUGGCCACACUGUCACAAUGGACUAGCAGCCAUGUAUACUAUCGCUAUGGCUUCGGCGCCACCACCAUUACCCGAUCAUCUGUCGCCUGAAGCAAAGUCGUUUUUAGGACGAUGUUUUUGCAUCGACCCGGAAGGGAGAGCAACCGCAAUAGAGUUAGCUGAGCAUGCUUUUUUGGCUGAAAAGCGAUAA